AUGCCGUGCAAAUGCUGUGUACCUCGAUGCCGCGGUAACUACACGGGGGACACGAAGGUGCACGUCUUCAAGUUCCCGAGAGACCAAGCUCUGAGGAACGCUUGGAUUCGUGCUGUGCCACGGGAAAACCUCACGGUCACCGAAAAUUCCAGGGUAUGCGAACUUCAUUUCAUGGACGAGGACAUUAUUCGAGUCGCGACGCAUACAGAUCAAGCAACUGGCCGCGUAAUGACAGUGCCUCUAGCUCAUGUGCGCCUUCGCCCAGACGCUGUACCGUCGAAGUUCCCGAAUUGUCCGAGCUACAUGUCCAGAAAGACCGCGAGAAGGGAAGAUCCUGACUCCAAGCGCGCGCGCAUAGAGAAUGCAGCCCUCCAGAAAGCCAUCGCUGAAUCCAACGAGGCGUUUAUCAGAGCACGCGAGGAGGAUAAAGUCAACAGUUUGAGCGAACUUGCCAACCACUUGAGGAGCCAAGGGAUGAAGUUCUGGGAUGUAAUCGAAAGAAAUGAAAGGCUUCUUCUCAUUCACAUCGUCGACGAUGAAGCGCCGUGGUUGAAAUACUCUGUUUGCGUGAAAGGAGACUUGAGCGUUACAGUACACGUCAUGAAAACAGCCGUAAAAAAGCUAGGCGCAAAUCUCUGCGUUCCCAAUAUCGCUAACAGUAAAAGGGGUAUGGUGGAACUCCUGGAAGGCAUCGAGAAGUGGGACGGUGACCUGAUGUACAACUCAGUCGCGGAAAUUUGCGAGGCGGUACUGCUAGAUCAGCUUUGCACGUCCCAAGCAGAAGACGACGCCAACUGUAUUCAAUUUCUGAAGGAGCAAGUCACCUUGCACCUAUCGAAAAAACAGCGCAGGCGCUACUCUGCUGAUUUCAUGAUGUUCUGCUGCAUUCUUUUCACUAUAUCGCCCCAUGCGUACGCGUUCAUGCGCAGCCAUGGAAGCAUCACCUUGCCGCAUCCUAUGACAAUCAGAUCAGUGUGCUCGUCUUAUGGCAUGAGUCCUCAACAAGAGCAUCAGAGCGAAACAUUCCUCAGCUAUAUGGCAAAAAGAAUUUCUGACCUGAAAGAUGACCAGCGCUUUGUCACAGUUAUGGUAGAUGAAAUACAUAUAAAACCAUACUUUGACUACAAAGGGGGUAAUAUUACCGGCGUCGCGCUCAAUAGAAAUGAAGCUGCUAACUGUGCGCUCGUUUUCAUGGUGCGCAGCCUGACGUGUAAAUUCAAAGAAGUUGCGCACAUCGUGCCAGUGCACCGAGUAGAGGCGGAGUUCCUGCAAAACACGCUUAAAGAAGUGGUUUGCGGGCUGGAAAAGAUUGGGUACCGGGUUAUGUGCGUCGUCAGCGACAACAACUCUGUCAACAGGAAAGCGAUGUCCCUCUUCGAAUCACCUCCUCGUAACAGAAUUGUGUACCAACAUCCAUCAGACCCUUCAAGGCCGCUGUUCUUCGUUAUAGACCCAGUCCACAUUCUAAAAUGCAUACGAAAUAACUGGAUCAAUCAGAAGAAUGACCAAGUUUGUUUCUACUUCCCGGAGAUCCAAGGAGACACGCCACAAUCAGAGCGAAUGCAAACAGCGUCAUUUGCGACAAUCAGGGACCUUCACAGCAAAGAGUGUGACCAGCUGUUGAAAUAUGGCUAUGGACUGUCGAGAAAAGCCCUCUACCCUUCGAAUCUUGAAAGGCAGGACAGGCGAAGUAGGACGGGCGCAUCCCAGCGCCCCGAGGUGCGGCAAGCUCGUCAGCAGCCCUUGCACGCCACGGGAGCGCCAGUCCAGUGA